AUGUCAGGUAAAGUUGUUAAUGUUGCCGUUAUCGGUGCUGGUGUGGUUGGUUCUUCUUUCUUGAACCAAAUCAUUGCUAUGAAAUCUCCAAUCACUUACAGUUUGAUAUAUGUUGGUGAAGCUGAAAACUCCUUGAUCUCUAAGGAUUACUCCCCAUUGAAGUUAGAUGCUAACUGGAAGGAUACUCUAUCUAAGGCUACUGACAAGACCUUAACCAUUCCAGAAUUGAUUGAAUUCUUGAAGAAAUCUCCAAAACCAACCAUUCUGGUCGAUAACACUUCAAGUGCUUACAUUUCUGGAUUCUACCCAAAGAUUGUUGAAGGUGGUAUCUCCAUUGCUACCCCAAACAAGAAGGCUUUCUCUUCUGAUCUAGCUACCUGGAAGGAAAUCUUCGCUGGUAGACCAACUGAUGGUCUAGUAUACCAUGAAGCUACUGUUGGUGCUGGUCUGCCAAUUCUAAGUUUCUUAAGAGAAAUCAUUCAAACUGGUGAUGAAGUCGAAAAAAUUGAAGGUAUCUUCUCUGGUACUUUAUCUUAUAUUUUCAAUGAAUUUUCUACCAUUCAACCAAACGAUGUUAAAUUCUCUGAUAUUGUUAAGGUUGCUAAGGAAUUAGGUUACACUGAACCAGAUCCAAGGGAUGACUUAAACGGUUUAGAUGUUGCUAGAAAGGUCACCAUUGUUGCCAGAAUUUCUGGUCUACAAGUUGAAAAUCCACAAUCUUUCCCAGUUCAAUCCUUAAUUCCAAAGCCAUUGGAAUCUGUCGAAGCUGCUUCUGAAUUCUUAGAAAAAUUACCAAACUAUGAUGAUGAUUUGACUAAGUUGAAGGAUGAAGCCGCUAAGGAAAAGAAGGUCCUUAGAUUUAUUGGUAAAGUUGACGUCAAAACCAACAAGGUUUCUGUCGGUAUUGAAAAAUACGAUUACUCUCAUCCAUUUGCUGCUCUAAAGGGUUCUGAUAAUGUCAUAUCCAUCAAGACCAAGCGUUACACUAACCCAGUUGUCAUUCAAGGUGCAGGUGCUGGUGCUGAUGUUACCGCUGCUGGUAUCCUAGGUGAUGUUAUCAAGAUCGCUCAAAGACUAUAA